UUUAUGUAAAUUUUCAUAUUUGAGAUACCAUUUUCCAGAAGUUUAAGUCUGCUUGUGUAGACCAGAAAUAUAUCGAAGCGAUUGUUAUCUACGCAUCCUCAAUUCAUAUAAAUUGCACUGUCCUCCAUCGAACUACAUUCAAACAGCCUUGAGUUCUGAUCGAAUCGUGAGUUUAAUUUUCUCAAUCGUGCAGUUCCUUCCCUUCAGUAUAAUUCCUUCCAAUUUGGCUUUCCUACUCUCCAUGUGAAGAUUUAGGGAAGUAUCGGCUGAUUCGGGAUUAACAACGUUCAUUACAUAAGCUUUUUUUUCCUUCUCGGAAGGUUAUCAUCUCAUUGACGCAAUAUUAAUCUUGUGAUUUUGGUAAAAAAAAAAGUUGUAAGAUUCCUUGGCCCUGGUAUGUUGGUCUUUGGCGAUUCCGAAAGAGAAGGCUGGUAAUUGAAACUUCUCGUUCGUGCAUAUGCAAGCACGAGGAAACGAAAAUUGUCUCGUCAUUAGUCUUUCUGCCGAUAAAGCGCAAUUAUCUUAAUACCACCCUAUAUUACUUUAUUUAUCUGUACUGUUUGCGCGUAUCGACGUAUGUUUCUUGUACUAUCUGCCAAUAAUGUGAGAACGAUUAGACAAGCAGACCACCUUCUCAUAGAAAGGUAACCGUUUCCUAAUCAGCGGCGGGUGUUCGACAUGAUUAAGGCAGAUCGGAAGGACUCCAAGGUAUGAGGCUGUUCCGAAAAGAAGAUGAUGAUAACACGGCAUUCGAUGUCAACCACUUGCAAUGCAUGUGCCACAUGCCACCUGAGUGUGUAUGAGCAGGAAGAAGGUGCAAAGGCGGCAACAGAUAAAGAGAUUAAAUUAAGGGCACAAAUUGGUGGGUCAACAGAAUUUGUAAAAAUGCUUCACGAUUGCUGUGCCGGUGAUAAGACGGUCGGCCGAUCGUAUCGGUCAGUUUCAAACGAUAUCCGGUCAAUGGGAGCAGCCUUUAAACCGCAUUGUGCGACGUGGAUUGGAUUAGUUUGAAAGCAGUCGGUCUCCGAGGUGGAACUAAAACGCUGAAAGGCACUAAAAGUAAAUCAGAAAUCAUGAAGAGUUUGUUCGUGUGUUUGCUGUUGGCCCUGGCUGGUCAAACUCUGGCCCAAAGCCAAGAAGAGUUCGUGGAGUACCUGCUGGAGAUCCAAUAUCAAGCGGAAGCUAUCCACCAGUUGAUGGAAGGAACGUUCGACAAUGUUCGCUUCUCGAUGAGUGACCAGCUGGUCGAACUGAACCGUCAGCUUAUCGCCCGCAUGAACGAAGCUCUCGAGGAGGUCGAACAGAUCCGCGAGGAUACGGAAGAAUUCGUUGGGGAAUCCUCGGCCCCUGCCACCUGCGUUAACGUAGCUGUCGCAAACUGGGAAAUUGAAAUCGAUUGGGUCGGACAGGCUUUGUCGCGUUGCGCCAGUCAAGCCAACGUUCAGAUUACGUCGCGUACUGCUGACGUCCAUGCUGCUCUGGAAGCUGCCCAGGUUGCGUCGACGGAACUGCAGAACAUCGUUGUCCGUGGAUUUAUUGACUGGAAUGCGAUUGACUACACUGAACAGAUUUCGGCUAUUGUUGGAGAUCAGAUUAACGAUAAGUACGACUAUUUCACCAGAAUUACCCAACCCAGCCUGGAGCGCGUUCUCCAAGCUAUUUUCGAUCUGGAUGAUAAUCUGCUGCCUGAGAUCGUGACCUGUGUCAACCGCGGUGUUGAGCGAUUCAACAACUACGGCCGUGUCAUCCGUGAUACGCUGUUCUUUUGCUCGCAGUAAGAUAUAUUUUAACUUGAAAUCAGAGAAAUAAUAGAAAAGUUUAAA